CCUCCCCCAAUGGAUCCGUCCGCACACUGUCUCCUGAUUGGCUGGCGCGGUUAUCGGUUACAUUGUAUCAGCGGACGUUCCGCAGCUCGUACAGUGAUCCGGUGUGAACAGGUGUCACAGAUCUCUGCGGUUUAUUGUCACUAAUAAAGAAAUCACCCAGCGCAGAGCCGCACAGUGUGACCAGGGCUCAGCCAAUAGGCAGCAGCGUUACAUCGGGGCCCCGCCCCUCCUCACUGAGCCCGGAGUCACAUACAGUAUAGAGGAGCAUGCUGCAGCUACGGAGGGUCCUCAGACUGUCCUGGGCAGGGCAGCGCUGGCAUCACUGUGCGGCAGCUGAAGUGAAGAAUGAGCCCAUCCUGGAGUUCAAACAUGGCAGCCCCGAAAGAGCGGCCCUGCAGAAAGCACUGCAGGAUCUUAAGGGCAAGACGGAAGAAAUCCCGUGUGUGGUGGGGGGAGAGGAGGUGUGGACCAAGGACGUCCGGUAUCAGCUCUCGCCUUUCAACCAUUCGCACAAAGUCGCCAAAUACUGUUACGCAGACAAGGAACUCCUCAAUAAAGCCAUCAAUGCCGCCCUGUCUGCACGCAAGGAAUGGGACCUGAGACCGGUGGAAGAUCGAGCGCAGAUAUUCUUUAAGGCUGCAGAUCUUCUUAGUGGUCCCAGAAGAGCGGAGAUUCUGGCAAAGACCAUGAUCGGACAGGGUAAGACGGUCAUCCAGGCUGAAAUCGACGCUGCUGCCGAACUUAUUGACUUUUUCCGCUUCAACGCCAAGUACGCCCUACAGCUGCAGCACGAACAGCUGAUCAGUGUGCCCAUCAGCACCAACUCCAUGGUGUACAGGGGCCUGGAGGGUUUUGUUGCCGCAGUCUCUCCGUUUAACUUCACUGCUAUUGGAGGGAACCUGGCUGGUGCCCCGGCUUUGAUGGGUAACGUGGUCCUGUGGAAGCCGAGUGACACGGCCAUGCUGUCCAAUUACGCGGUGUAUAAAAUCCUCCAAGAAUCCGGACUUCCUCCUAACAUCAUACAGUUUGUGCCGGCAGACGGCCCGGUGUUUGGGGAUACGGUCACCAGCUCCGAGCACCUUAGCGGGAUAAACUUCACCGGCAGUGUACCAACCUUCAAGCGUCUGUGGAAACAAGUAUCCGAAAACCUGGAGCGCUAUCGGACGUUCCCACGCUUGGCUGGAGAAUGCGGAGGAAAAAACUUCCACUUCGUACACAAGUCGGCGGACGUAGAGAGCGCAGUGAACGGCGCGAUCCGCUCGGCCUUCGAGUACAGCGGUCAGAAGUGCUCGGCCUGCUCCCGGUUAUACGCUCCUGACUCUCUGUGGCCCCAAAUCAAAGCCCGGCUGCUGGAGGAACACGGCAAGAUCAAAGUGGGGAAUCCCGCAGACGACUUCAGCGCCUUCACCUCCGCCGUCAUUGAUGAGAAGGCGUUCAGACGGAUCCAGGGCUGGAUAAAACACGCGCAGGAGUCGCCCAGUCUCACCAUUCUGGCAGGCGGGAAAUGCGACAAUAGCGCUGGUUAUUUUGUGGAGCCGACAAUAAUCGAGAGCAAAGAUCCCAAAGACAAGAUCUUGUCGGAGGAAAUCUUUGGGCCGGUGUUAACUGUUUACGUCUAUCCAGAGAAUAAGUACAAAGAGGUUCUCCAGCUGAUAGACAACACUUCCCCAUAUGCCCUCACGGGGGCAGAGUUUGCCCAAGAUAAGAACGUCGUGGCGGAGGCGACUGCGGUCCUGAGAAACGCCUGUCCACACUACAUUCUGCGCUGGACGUCACCGCAGGUCAUCAAGGAGACCCACGUCCCUUUAAAUGAGUGGAGUUAUCCCUACAUGCAAUGAGUGCGCACUCUAUACGUGGAGUCUCCUCUGAAUGUUAAUCCUGACGACUACUGAACAAGAUUUUAAAUGGACAAUUAUUUUUUUAAAAAUUUAAGGAAAUUGUUUUAACUAAAAUCUCCAUUUAUCUGACCCUCCCUGCAAUGUUACCUUCCGCCCUGGAUUUGGACACCUUGAAAUCCGAGUCGGGUUAUAAUGAAAUCCUGAGCGUCCGGCACCUGCUCUGCACUCGGGAGAACAAUGAUCUGCGGCUCCAGUAAAUCCCGGAGGAUAUCUGAGGGAUAUAGCGCUAUUAUUUAUUUCCUACGAGGCACCAAGUCACUAUUGUUACAUCCACCGUGAUUUACUUUGUUACAUUAAUGGAUCUUAUGUUACUUUCUCAUUGUAAUGAUCAGUUUCCGGCUGUGAGUGAAGUAAUUGCCAGGAUCUCUACAGCUCUUGGUGCUUUCUAUAUGACGGUAUGUUCACACGGCGCAAUGUCCCGUGCGCAAUUCCACCAGAAUAUUCCACUUAGGGUCUAUUCACAUGGCAGAAUUUCUGCCUUAAAUUAAAGGGUACUGCUCCUUUUUUUUUUUUUUUUUUUUU